UUGGGGAGCAGAGACGUGGUAUUUGAGGCAAGGGCUAGCAUUGGCAGUCUGGUGAUGACAACGUCGUUUUUCCGUGCCGCCCCCCCGGCUCUCUGACACCGCAUCGGCAUCAGUAGUGAACGAACCAACUGUGGGACUCGUGUCGCCACACAGACCGGGCUCCGUCCGUUCAUUAGUCCGUCGCAAAUUAUUUUGCUUCCCUUUCCCCCCUAAACAAUUCCAAUAUCCACGAUGCAAGAAUCGAGCUCUCUUUGAAGGUGACAUGUGCCAAGGAAUACUGAAGCGCAGAAGGGCCGCUUUUACCAAGAAUCGGAGAUAUCAAUUGAAGACGUCUUAAUAUCAGUGGCGCGUAUAUACUUGCAGCGAGUUUCUCCACUUUUUUGAAAUAGAGUUGAAAUCACACAUAGGCAUUUAAAAGCGCGACGAUGGCAACUUUGAUCAGGAACAAGCUCUCGAACGCUGCCACCUCGGUGUCUAACAAAUCUCAAGCAAAGGUGAGCGGCAUGUUCGCCAGAAUGGGAUUCCAGGCAGCCACUGACGAGGAAGGGCUCGGGUUCGCCGCCUGCGAUGACCUGGACUAUGAACACAGACAGGCGGUGCAGAUGGACAUCCUAAAAACUGACGAUGUCGGCGUGGGUGCGACCGGAGAGCCGAUGGCGGAAGGGGACAGUCAUUACCAAAGGGACGGGACGGGUCCCCCGCCCUCAGCUUCCAAAGAUGAUGGGAUGUGCGCCGAGUUGGCCAGCCAGGACAGACCUAAGAUCACGGCAUGGGAAGCCGGCUGGAACGUCACCAAUGCCAUCCAGGGGAUGUUCGUCCUUGGGUUGCCCUACGCCAUUCUACACGGUGGAUAUCUGGGACUCUUUCUAAUCAUAUUUGCCGCAGUGGUUUGCUGCUACACCGGUAAAAUACUUAUCGCUUGUCUAUACGAGGAAAACGAAGACGGGCAGCUUGUGCGAGUGAGGGACUCCUAUGUGGACAUUGCCAACGCCUGCUGCUCCCCCCGCUUCCCCAGACUGGGCGGCGUCAUUGUGAAUGUAGCCCAGCUCAUUGAGUUGGUGAUGACCUGUAUUUUGUACGUGGUGGUGAGCGGCAACCUGAUGUACAACAGCUUCCCCACCUUGCCCGUCUCUCAGAAGUCCUGGGCCAUCAUGGCCACUGCCGCCCUGCUGCCCUGCGCGUUCCUGAAGAACCUCAAGGCCGUCUCCAAGUUCAGCUUGCUGUGUACGCUGGCGCAUUUCGUCAUCAACAUCCUCGUGAUCGCCUACUGCCUCUCCAGAGCGCGGGACUGGGCCUGGGACAAGGUCAAGUUCUACAUUGACGUCAAGAAGUUCCCCAUCUCCAUCGGGAUCAUCGUGUUCAGCUACACCUCGCAGAUUUUCCUGCCCUCCUUGGAAGGCAACAUGCAGAAACCCAAGGAGUUCCAUUGCAUGAUGAACUGGACUCACAUCGCUGCUUGCAUCCUCAAGGGACUGUUUGCCUUGGUGGCUUACUUAACCUGGGCUGACGCCACCAAGGAGGUCAUCACAGACAACUUGCCGUCCACCAUCAGGGCGGUGGUCAACAUUUUCCUGGUAGCCAAGGCCUUGCUGUCCUACCCGCUGCCCUUCUUCGCUGCAGUGGAGGUCUUUGAAAAGUCGAUCUUCCAACAAGGGGAGAGAUCUAUUUUCCCCAACUGCUACGGGGAAGGCGGGAGGUUGAAAUCCUGGGGCCUCUCUCUCAGAUGCGCCCUGGUGGUGUUCACCUUGUUGAUGGCUAUCUACGUGCCCCACUUCGCCCUGCUCAUGGGUCUCACGGGCAGCUUGACGGGCGCCGGGCUCUGCUUCCUGCUCCCCAGCCUCUUUCACUUGAAGUUGUUGUGGAGGAAGCUGCUUUGGCACCACGUCUUCUUCGAUGUCGCCAUAUUUGUAAUAGGGGGUAUAUGCAGUAUUUCAGGCUUCAUCCACUCAAUGGAGGGGCUUAUAGAGGCAUACAAAUACAAUAUCAAUGACUAAACAGAGGCUGGGGUGCAAGCAGUGUUAAUGACACAUUCACUCACGCGCGCGCGCACACACACACACACACGUAAUGAGGCGCCACCCAGAAAGAAGAGUGCAGCUCCAAGUUUAAUAAUAAUAAUAAUAAUAAUAAUAAUAAUAAUAAUAAUAAUAAUAAUAAUAAUAAUAAUAAUAAUAAUAAAUGGAUGAAACAAAAAUAAAACAGAACACAACAUUGCAUAUCCAUACAGUGACGUGCGUAAUCGAAACUAGUGGGUGUUUCCUUGCCGUUUUUAUCUUCUAUCUUACCGUCUUCUAUCACUUUGAAAUUACACUCAUUUACAUUGCGUUUUCAAUGCUCUGAGAACAGCCUGCAGCUGGCGAGGCCGCAGUGCCAAGCGGAGGGGAGGGGAGGUGAGGGGAGGGGAGGGGGGCCGGGAAUUGUGUCCGGAAUUUGGAACUGGGCGGUUUUUACAGCUGAGAGGAAAAAUGAAUGCCGACAUUCCUACCACGCGCAAAGCUCUUACAGUUAAUUACCGCUCGCAUUCCAAGAACGUGCGGGUGUUGUGCGCAAACCUGUACUUAAAAAGGAAUAACACCGAUGACAUUCAAAUAAUCCCGACCAUUUCUAUAGGCGGCAGUGGGCGAGGGAGCCAGCUCCGAUAGGACUUCAGAGGAAUUAUUAUAUUGCGCAACAAGAAAUGUGCUUGGCAAGGAUAUAAAUAGACAUGUACAUACACACGUAAAACAGCAUUCAUCUGUAUAAUUAGCAGAGUCUUUGUUGCUUCUUGGGGAUUUAGUGGUCAUAAUGACUAUGAAAUGAAAUGACACCCAGUGGCCUGAUAAACACUCAAAGCACCCAUACAAGCGCAGGCCACACACAGUCACCCUGCCCAUAACCUUAAUUCAUCAUGUCCAGGUACCCUGAACUCUGACAUGCAUGAUCAAACAUUGCUAUAAAAUAAUUGUGACUGUGCAUUGUUUUUGAGAAUUACUUUGCUAUUGUUGAAACAGAACAAACAUCACAAUGUGAUGCAUAGUGCCCAAAUAAGACAACUGGGCUUGUUUCUAUAGCACUGAAGAAUCACCCUGGAUUGCAUUAACCAUCCAUUCUGUAGGAGUAAUCACGGAGGCUGAUGCAAUGCUUCAGCAGUGCAGUAAAAUGCUCUAAUGCGCCCAGCUGUGGUUUAUCACAGCAGGGUAGACGACAGCUUCCGCUACACACAGAGAACAAAACUGCUACAACAUACACGCCCUAUGCACUAGUACAUAUACAAGGGAGGUGCACUUCGUGAAACCAAUGGGGAUCUACCGCUUCUUUACCAAACACGAACAACAGAGCGGUCAAACAUUCAAGACGCGCAGGGAGCCCCAGACGCUUCUAUUGCUGUUAAACUGCACACACCAUUGUCGCUUUGUUUUGGGUCCUUUUAUUACAUGUUUUCCUUCACAGGUGCAGAAAUUCUUAUUAAAAAAGUGGAAACCGCAAGAAAACACACCACAUUCUUAACUACUCACACACUGAAUUCGGUUAAAAGAAACAAUGGCUUAUAGAAGUAUACAUUAUAAAAGAAUAAUAGUCACAGAGGAAAUGCUUCUAUAUGCAUCCACGGAAAUCUCUGAUUAAACUGCGCUUCCCAUUCUGAUAAUGCCGUUUAUUUCUUUAUUUCUUUAUUCACAUGCCUCCAGCUAAUGUAAGAUGAUCUUGAAGCUUUUUAAAAUUGAAUUUCCUUCAAAUGUUUGGAUCAAAGAAUUACGGACAUUUUUCAUUCUGUGCAAUCUACCGGAUCUGUGGAAAUGUUUUUAAAAACGUAUGUGUGGUGUUAUU